AUGCUGUCGCUAAAAGACUCCCUGAAGUUUGAGCAGUCCGUGGGAGACAGUCGCCACAACCUCGAUUCCAUUCUGACUCGCUUGGGCCAGGUUCUGCUGCAUCAGCAGGCUCUCAACCCCUCCUACCCACCAUCAGGAUACGGCAGUGAGGAGAGGGGAGAUGACGCGGAGGCCAGUCCGCAGAGAAUGGUGCGCUCCGUGGCAGCUCAGACCUUCACUGAACUGCGCGAGGACUCAACAGACGGACAACCCUCCAGUCAACACCCUGAAACAGCCGCAGACCAGCAUCGUAGUUGUGAACAGGAACCAGACAUCACCCGCUGUGACUACUGCGAAGGCGUAAGUUGGCAGAGAAUAAUUGCAUAA